AUGGCGACUAAAUCAUAUAGCAAACACAAAGAGUUUAAAGAAUAUUCGAGCAGCGGGAGCGCGAACGUGCCUUACACAGACGAACAAUUCGACAUGCUAAAGUCCGAGCUGAUCCCGAAAGGCAGCAAGCUGGAGACCCUGGGUAACGGGGUGGGGGCCCGCGAGUACCACUACGAGUACAAAGAGGAGAAGCAUCCGUCGGGGAAAUACGACCGGAAGGAUUUGCAUACUGUUGAGCAAUACAGCAUCCCUCCGAAGAAGGUGCCGAAGGCAUCAGAGAGCAGCUCCUACUACUACGAGCGUGAGGAGCGGGAACUGCCCUCCAUAACAUCAGGGGUUAGGACUUACAACUACGAGACCUCUAACACUUCCACUACACCAGGUAAUUCGAAGAUCAAGAGCUCGAAGGUGACCAAAGACCUGUCGCAGAACGUGGAGGAGCUGGACUCUCUCCUGGACGACCUGCAGAAGGACCAGGAACGACAGCUCUAUAAGAGUGGUUACACAUCGGACACGGCAGAAAGCACAUCUUUCGACUACAAACGAGGAACUGCAGUAAAAGCCCCUUCCAGUGGUUACUCGACGCUAAGACGCGAGGAACGAGUGGAGUCUUCAUCCUGGAGUCCCCCUGCCCCACUGCACCACCAUGACACCACCGGUUCUAGUAGUAAAAAGCGCGAAGAACGCCUCGAGAGUUCUUCAUGGAGCUCCAGCCCCGUGCCCGCGCGCAGCACCGAGCUGAGACAAGAGAUGUUUAGGGAGGAAACCACUGAGUCCCGCGUAGUCCCGGUACCAGUCCCGGCGCCGGUCGUGGUCCCGGCCCCGGUCUGCACUCACUGCCACCAGCAUCCAGUCGGAACGUUACCCCGUUCCGGGACUCCCAUGAACAAGGUGACGACCACAGUGAAGACGUACACAUACGAGGUGCCGGCCGGACAGGAUCCUGCUACCCUACCACUACCGAUCCAUGCAGACCACCAACACACUUACGUGGCCAACGAGACGAUACAUAGCACCAACACUAGCAACACUCUGAAGGCGGCCCCCCCUCCGCCGCUGGGUUGCCAGUACUGUUCCCACUGCAAGUCCCGCGUGGAGGACGAACGUGUGGUAUACACCACGCCUGCCAACCACUCUACGCAUCUGACACCACUCUCCCCACCGGGCCCGACCUCAUACAAGUACUCGGAGACCUCGUACUCGGCCCACAACACCACCCAGCGGUACCCCGGCUCGUCCCCGUCGCCGGUGCCCGGGGCAUUCCCCCGACCCACGACCCCUUCGCCUGGGAACCAGCAACCUCCGAAGAAAUUAGACGAUUUGCUAGCAGAUUUCCCGGAAGCGCGAUUCCCAACACAGCCUGACGGCGUUUACCGUCGCAAGGUCGAAGUGACUCACGAGAAGUCCCGCGACUUGUCCCGCGACACUCGCGACGCGGGAACCAAACCCGUGACCCCUGUAGGCAGUAACAACGUCGCCGGACCCGCGGUCUAUUAUCCCCCGGGACACACGCCUUUUGCCAAGAAACCUGAGACUCAGGUGCAAGGAUACCAAGCCAGUAGUGCGAUGCAGCAAGGAGGUGGGGCUCACGCUUCCGGGAGGGGAAUGUAUGAAUAUGAAUCCGGAUCGCGCAGCAAGGAGAAGCACUCGGAACGGAAAACAGCCGUCCCCGUGUGUCUGCCGCUGUGCUGCGCCAUGCCUUGCGUUAUUAUGUAA